CUCUAGUAGGAAAGCUUCUAGUCUUCUUCUUCGUCUUCUUCUUCUCAAAAAGCUUAUUCUCAUGCUAAAUUCAACCUUGGGUCUAUACAAAUCUACUCCAUAUUGUCCUUCUUUUCCUCAUACUCAAUCUUUACCACACCGUCAGUUCAUUAUCUCUCUCACUCACUCUUCUCAUCUACCUGUAUAGCCCUCUGUAAAAAAAAGAAUCUGGGAAUCUUUCUUCCAGUCACCGUCCCUACCUCUCCUUAUCCCCAAAGGAAGCUGAUCUACAGAAUUCUUCUCUUUCCCUUUUGAAUUCUUUGUAAAUGCAGCUUCAAAACCCCAGAAAUUUCACUCCUCCCCAUUCCCUAUUUGCCCACAUUUAGCUCUGACUCUUGAAUCUUCUGGUUCAGCUCGGUAUUGUUAGAGUUCUGCUCGCUCAUUGGGUUUGAGGUUUGGGCUGGUUAGGUUAAGAAGGGAUUAAAUUGAAGCUUGUUGUAAUUAGAAGGGGAGAAAUGGAGAGAUAUGAGCUUGUUAAGGAUAUAGGGUCUGGCAAUUUCGGCGUGGCCAGGCUCAUGAGGAACAAGGAGACGAAGGAGCUUGUGGCCAUGAAGUAUAUUGAAAGGGGACAUAAGAUUGAUGAGAAUGUGGCGCGCGAGAUCAUAAACCACAGAUCUCUUCGACACCCUAACAUCAUCCGAUUCAAGGAGGUGGUUCUCACUCCCACUCACCUUGCCAUUGUCAUGGAAUAUGCAGCAGGUGGAGAGCUCUUUGAACGCAUCUGCAGCGCUGGAAGAUUCAGUGAGGAUGAGGCUAGGUACUUCUUUCAGCAACUCAUUUCAGGAGUCAGCUACUGUCACUCUAUGCAAAUAUGUCAUAGAGAUCUAAAGCUGGAGAAUACACUAUUGGACGGAAGCCCAGCACCGCGCUUAAAGAUUUGUGAUUUCGGCUAUUCAAAGUCAUCUCUGUUGCAUUCGCGCCCAAAAUCUACUGUUGGCACUCCAGCAUAUAUUGCUCCGGAGGUCCUAUCUCGAAGAGAGUAUGAUGGCAAGAUGGCGGAUGUAUGGUCUUGUGGAGUGACACUUUAUGUGAUGUUAGUUGGCGCGUACCCUUUUGAAGACCAGGAAGAUCCCAAGAACUUCAGGAAAACUAUUCAACGUAUAAUGUCCGUGCAGUACAAGAUUCCUGACCACGUCCACAUUUCGCAAGAUUGCAGGAACCUUCUUUCAAGCAUAUUUGUUGCCCACCCAAUGAAGAGGAUAAGCAUCAAAGACAUCAAGUCACAUCCAUGGUUUUUGAAGAAUCUGCCAAGAGAACUAACAGAAGUGGCACAAGCAGCCUAUUAUAGGACAGAAAACCCAGCCUUUUCGCUGCAAAGCGUGGAGGAGAUCAUGAAGAUUGUGGAUGAAGCCAAGACCCCUCCCCGAGUUUCCCGUUCCCUUGGAGCUGGUUUUGGCUGGGAAGGCGAAGAAGACGAGGGGAAAGAAGGAGAAGAAGAAGAUGAUGACUACGACGAGGAUGAUGAUGAUGAUGACGAUGAUGAUGAAGAUGAAUAUGAUAAGCAAGUGAAGCGUGCGCAUGAAAGUGGAGAAGUUCACUUGACUUGAUGCCCAUUCUCAGGUGCUUGUUGAAUUGAAUAAGGCUUGUAAAUCUCUGGUUUGGUACCCAUAGUUGGUUUGAGGGUACUUCUACUUCAAGAAGCAUGAUCUAUGUAGGAUUUGGUUUAGAAUAGAAUUUGACUAAUUGUCUUUUAAGAUAAUAAUAAUAAUACUCCAUCCAUUUUACUACUAAAUUGUGUUUAUACUU